UGAACAUGGACUACACUUUCAUGGUAAAGUAAAUUGAUAUUCUUGGCAAUAUUUCAAAAAGAAAUCAUGCCGGAUGUUUGUGCCUGCAGCGUCUAUUCCAUCCUGUGCCUGUUGGAAUUCCGUGGUAACGGGAAAAAACCCUCCGAGCAGCCGGAAAAACAGCCUCCUAUCCUCGAGGCGCAACCGUUCUACAGCAAGCGAACCCAGUUGAAAAUCUUUUGCCUGAUCAAGCAACUUUCGGAGGAGCUACAAGGGAGUAGUAGUUCCAGCCAAACGCACAGCGCGUGUCACGCACGGGUUUUUCUGCAACACCAGAUCCGAAGCGUGAGUGAGAAUUUGUACGCCGCUAUCUGCCAAUUCGUCGAGCGCGACUGCGUGCACACCGGCCCCGAUGCGGUGUUCGCGGUCAUGCACGAGGCGAAGCAGAGCCUGAUGAAUCCCCUGCAGAACCACGGGAUUUUUGACACCGCGCACCUGACCAACACGAGCUACUACAGUGAACAGAGCAUCAUUGGAUGCUUUUUGCGCCGGGUCAUGCUGAGCUUUCAAAAAUCGUCCUUUGAAUCCAUCAUGGUCCUGCAUGAGGAGCUGCUCGCCGGGUGCGGGAUCACUAGUACCACGACGUCGAGAGUAGAAGACCCGUUGCAUCAAGCCUUUCACGUGCCUCAAGAUGCUCAAGAACAACAGGCGGAUAGAAGUUGCAAGUCGAGCCGGAACAAGAAAAUGGGACCAAAAAUUCCGGUUUGUACGACUGUCACGGAGAUGGAGGCCGUCGCUGUCCGAUUGUUGCAGGAGCUGGAAGCCGUGUCUGGUCGUGCUGUGGGCCAUCUAGUUGUACGGCAAAAGGACUGCGGGGGCGGAGCGCACCGGCACCGGCACCGGCACGGAGUAGAACACCAAGUUGUGCAACAAAACGACGUAUGCAUUGCAAAUAUGUCUGGGUCUGGAAGAGUCGGGGUUUGUCAUGCACAUUUUGCAUGACCCGUGAGGUCUGUGAUGCAGGUCCUAGCAUCACAGAUUUUUCGAGAGCUUCUUGAUGCUUACCACGCAUGACAAAUGCCCUCUCCGCGUGCCAAGGACUGGAGUCCGCUUGCUGCCCAUGCAACACAGAUAUUUUUAGAAUCCGCAAACAGCAUUACAGUUUCCACUCUUCCAGACCCAGACAUAGUUGCAAUGCAUACGACGACGACCACUCUGCGGAAGAUGAGUAUCAAAUGUAAAAAUGUCUGGGUCUGGAAGGAUGGAACUUGUCAUGCUAAAUCUGAAGCAUGCAAAAAUCUGUGUUGCAUGAUUACCAAAAGUCGUCCACUUUUGACCAAGUCGGGAGGGAGUUUCUCAUGCAGGAUAGGCAUGAGAGAGAUGGCGCAGAAUCUGUCAUGCUAGGUCCUGCAUUCCAGGCUUCAUGAGUCAUGAAAAAGCUGCAUGACAAAUCGCGCAUUCUUCCAGACCCAGACAUUUUUACAGUUGAUAAUGAGGACGCCCGUACAACAAGAACCAAAACGCUGCACCGUCCUCAACUAGAAGAAGACCAAAAUAUUAUUAAAUUCACCGAUUUGGCGCAACACACCCUGCAGCACUUCAUCAAAAAGGUUCCCAACAACUACAAAUUGUGGUUUUUGCUCUAUGAGUUUUACAUCCUGAAACAGCAAGUGGAAGUGAUGUGGAAC